AUGAAAUUAAGAGUCGCAUGUAUUCAAUUUAAUCCUUUGAAAGGGGAGAUUGAACGUAACAAAAUUAAGAUUCGUCAACUAAUUGACCUGAUCAAUAAACCUUUUGAUUUGGUUGUUUUACCUGAAUUGAGUAUUACUGGGUACAAUUUUAAUAGUGAGAAUGCAAUUUCUCCUUAUUUAGAUACCGUUAAUAAUCCCAUUGCUAGUAACUUCGGUAAGGAAUUACUGAAAAAAUAUCAAUGUUUUACCGUUAUCGGAUUAGCUGAAAAGAUAGAGGAUAAAAUCUAUAAUUCAUGUAAGUUAAUCAAUCCUGUUGGAGAAAUCUUAUAUAAUUAUCAUAAAACAUUUCUUUAUGAAACUGAUGAAGUAUGGGGAGCAAGCGAGAAUCCUGAUAAAUCAUUUCGUAGUGUGGAUGUGAUACUAAAUAAGGAUUAUUAUUUGAAAAAUGAUACCACAAAGGAUUAUCCUACCACUAGGGUAAAUUUUGGUAUCUGUAUGGAUUUGAAUCCAUAUAAAUUUGAGGCACCGUUCAAUAAAUUCGAAUUUUCUUCUGGUUGUUAUUACAAUAGAUCCGAUUUAAUAAUAUGUCCUAUGGCAUGGUUGUCACCAUAUUCACCUUCAAUAACCAAAACCACUACCGAGGAGAAAGAAAAAGCCUCUAGAGAAUUCCAACAUUUUGACCAUGCUCCCAUUAAUAAUUUCAACAAGGCUGAUAAUAUUAAAUUAGAGGAAUUGGGGAAAUUUGAUGCUACUAGACCAGAUUUUUCUACAAUCAACUAUCACAUCUUACGAUUUUUCCCCUUCAUGAAUCAUAAAUAUAAUGAGCUACCUAAGUAUGGGCCUGUUAAUGUUAUAACAUGUAAUAGAACAGGUAUUGAAACUGAUGUGGUUUAUGGAGGAAGUUCAUCCAUAUUUACUUUUAAUGAUAUUCCAGGUAAUGAAGAGAUUAACUACCUUAACCCAAGUGUGGACUUAAAAGGAUAUUUAACUCAAGGCACUGAAGGUGUUCUAUAUAGGGAAUUAGAUAUCUAA